AUGAAAAUUAAUAAAUUUGCAUGCUUUCAUUGUCAUCAAAGUCUUAAUCAGAAUCACAUUGAUAGGCGGUUUAAGAAAUCCAAUCAUGAAGAAGCCAAACCCCAAAUCAUAAUCGAUUAUUAGAUUGAAAAUCAAAUUAAUAGUCAUAAUCAAAACUCAGAAGCAAUUUAUACAAAUAAUAACACACAUUCAACUAAUUAUCAAUACUCCAGUUCUUAAUUAGCUAUUUUUAAUGAUUAAUUAUUAGUUGCGUAAAAAGAUUCCAUUUUAUUCUAUGAUUGUAUUUUCGAUUAAUUCUCUCCAGAAAACCUUUCGCAUUAUUUUCCUUAUCAACAAUUAACACUGCAUCAUGGAAAUAUUGUCUCCUUACACAAUAUAAGGAAUUAAUUAAUAGUAAGGACGGAAAAGACUAUUUUAAUUUUCUAAACUAAUUAGUAAAAUUUUAUAUUAUAAAAAGCAUUUGCUUAUGCGAAUAUUUUAUCAUUAAAUUUUGAGAUCAACAAGUUAUUUCUAUGUUUAGAAGAUUAGCUUGUCCUUAUUGAUUUGAUAUCAUAUUAAAACUCUGUAAUCCUCAGGGAUACAUAAAUUUAAGCAGGAUUUUAUGCAGACAAUCAUUACUAUUACAUUACAAAGAACUCAAAAACCUUAAAAAGCUCACUUAAGGAAUUUAACCUAAAUGUAAAUAUCAAUUUAUUUAUUAACUCAAUCUAUAUUAUUAAUAACUUGUUAUGCAUUUGUGGGUAUCAAUCCAAAUGCUAAGACAAAAUAUCUUAUUGUGCUGAAAUCAUAUGGUAUAACUUGGCAUCAAAAGAUUUCAAUUAAUAAAUUGACAAUUUAAAAAUUGAUCUAAUAAAUGAUACAAUCAUUAAUGGUGAUUUUGGAAUGUAACUUAUGGGUGAUCUGUGUAUUCUCUAUGGAACUAAUUUGAGUACAUUAACAUUCUGGAAUUUGGAAUACUUAAAUUAUGAUAAUAAUAAAGAAAACAAAGUGGAGAUGCUUAACACUUAAGGAAUAAGAGGUUUAGCCUUAGUGAAUAAAGAUUAAUAUCAUACAAUUAAAAAAAGUUAAGAAUCAUUUAGUAGUACUGAUGAAUAUCCCAUAAUAAUAAUUAUUGAUGAUUAGGGAUUUUUAAAUGCUUAUGAAUUUACAAAUCAAUAAGAGUUUUCAGAUGGGCUAUCAAGGUAAUCAGAAACACAAUGGGGAAGACCAUUAUAUACUGAUUAUUCUAACUAAUAUGGUGAUAUUUAAUAUACAAUUAUACAAAAUGAUCCAAGAGAAGUGAUGAAUUUAGCAAAUCCUCCUUUUAAUUUUUAAUUAGUCACUAAAGUUGAUGAUUCAUAAAUAGUUUUUGGAAGUGGUAAAAUUGAUCAUAUCUUUCAUCUUCAUUAAAAUUGGAUUUCUUCUGCCAAUCUAGCUAUAAAUUAUAAGCAUUUCUAAGUAAUAGGACAUGAAAGAGAAAUCUUAAUUCUGAAUCCAUUAGUUAUUGAAUAGAUUCUACUUGAUUUGCCACAUAAUUGCUAAACGAAUUAAAUUACAUCUCACCCUUGUGAACUCAUUUAUGGUUUGUAUUCAUUUUAAGAAUAAAUACUUAUCUAAACGAAUUCAUCUCUUUAUUUAUGCAAUUAUCACAAUGACUAAUGGAAAACAAAAAAGAUUUUAAACCAAAAUUCAAUAAAAAGAGUCUCAAUUGUAGAUGAUUACAUUUUACUCAAAAUUAAAACUUAUACUGAUCAAUUUGUAUUGUAUGAGUACAAAAAUGAUGUGUUAUAGUAACUCACAACUCAUAGCAAUGAUGCAAGUUGUAUAUUCAAAUUGAAUAAUCAAAUAGCACUACUUUAAAUAUUAGAUAAUCAAUUAUAUAUUUUACAAGAUCUUGAGAACAAAGAAUAGAUCACUAUAGAUAUAGAUAUUGUUUAUUCAAAAGAAUAUUAUAUCAAAUAAAUACAUGAAAACCAUCUUUACUUAUCCUUUGCUACUUUAGAUUAAAAUUAAUUCGAACAUUACAUUUUGUAUUAUGAUCCAUAAAGAAAAUCAGCUAAACAAGAGAAACAUCUUGAAGACCUAUUGUAAAAUGUGAGAUACAAUCAUUUACUAACUAAAAUCACAGAAUCCGAUUGGAAUAUAACUACUAUAUUAACUCCAGAUGCUAAGUUUAUUGUGAUUAUUCCAAAUGGAAUCUAGGAUGGAUUUGUGUUGUAAGUGUGUGGUUAGGAUCUGAGAACAAUAGAUGAUCAAGAGGGAUAUCCCAUUCAUCUUCCUUCGUUUUCUCAUAUCGUCAAAGGAGUAUCAGUUUUAAAUUAUGUUUUACCCCUUGAAGAGAAUCUGAGUUCAACACCUGGACUUUAUAAAGUGAGAAAAGAUAACAAGGAAUUUCAUUAUUAAUGCCAACCUUCCAUUUUGAUUUAUGAAUUUGAUGAGAAGGGUUCAUUAACAAUUCAUAGAUUUUUAAUAAUCAAACUUAAGUUCUAAGGAGGAUAACUCCCAAUUUUGAAUGUGCAAUUCGAUAGUCGAUAAUCAGAUCAAAACUAAAAUACUCUUAAAAUAUCUCGUACAGAAUCUCUUGUAUCUUUACAGCCACCCCCAUCUCCAUCUGUUAAGUGUCAAGAUAUUCCAUCUCAGGCUGCUUUGAUUACGCAGUAAUUAUUAGACUUAUGUUAGCAAUCAAUCCUACAAUUUCAUCAAACUUAUGAUUAUCUUAAAUUCAAUCCAUACCUUCCAAUUUUUACCUCAUAAUACAUUUUUGAUGAUUUAUAUUCUAAAUAUUAUUAGAUAUCGAAUGAUAAAUGGAUACAUCUUACAAAAUUGAAAGAUAAAUCAGUAAUCCAUCAAUAUUUGACUUUGAAAAAUUCAGUCCAUAUCCCAAAAGUAGAACUUGAGCAUUCUAUUAUUGAAGAUAAGCUUAAAUAACUAAAAUUGCUUUAGUUUCAUUUUUCGAAGAUUUGCACUUUUGUCAGAAUGAAUUUACAUUAAGGUAGAAUAGAAAAUUUUGAAUUUAUUAAUGAAGAAUAAAAGUAGAUUGCAAAAAAAGCAAGGUCAACUCGAAAAAUAACGUUUAAUGUAGAUGUUCAAAAUAUUGGAUUUCAAAGUACAUAAGAUUAAUUCAUUAGAACAUUAUGUUCUCAACCUAAAUCUAAAGUGAAAUAUUUAGUUUUAGCAUAGAGUAUAUAACCAUAAACUGUUCACUUAGGAUAACCACAAUAUAAUAUAUAGAUAUCCAAGGAUAGCUAAGAUUUUAAAUUAUAAAGAAUAUUAUAGGCUUAAUCCUUUGAUUAAGAAAUUUCUAUUGAAGAAUAAAGUUAAACAGAAAGUAUGAUACUUGGAUAGGCUGCUUAAAGUUAAAUUAGUUCAGAUAGUUUUCAUAAUGAUAAUUUUAUUUUUUAAGAAUAAUAAUAGGUGCAAGUAUUUCAAUCUCCAAGUAAAAAUCCUUUUGAUUCUGAAACAUUGAGCAAUCUUAAUAACAACCAACUAGUUGAAUCCAUUAUUUUCGAUAGUAAAGACAUAAGAUCUUAACAGGAAUUAUCAAAUUACAAAGAUUCCGAAGUUAAAAAACCCAAAUCUUCUUGUUAAAGUAAACAAAUGAUUGAGCAAGUACAGAGAAGCAAAUUCAAAAUGUCAGAAGUUUAUGAAGGUAACAAUUCAUUGAUAUUUUCAAAUAUUUAAAAUUCAAAUUAUGGUGAUAUUAAAAGAUAAUCUAUUAAAACUCCAAAUUUCAAUGUUAAUAACUUAAAUUAACAUAACUUUUAACAAUGGCAGAUUAAAAGUUGUAAUAGAAUUUAAACUGAAUAAUUUUUGAAAACAUCUAUGGAUAUCUUGGAUUUUGAUUUAAAAAAAGACCAAAACUGA